CUUCCUGUGCAAAGGUGAGAGGGAGAAGACGGAGAGACCACGCACAUGUGAGAGGAACAGCUCUGCAGUGCAACUGCUGGGCUGAAGGCAUCUCUAUCACUCCAGCAGCACUGGCUAGCAGCUGGACAUGCAUUGAACUAGGAUAUCCACCUCCAUCCCUCUCCCUUUCCCACUCCAUGCUCCCCUAACGGUUGACAGCCAGUACCUGCUUCCAUCCAACCCAGUGACCUGGUCCCUGGGGACUUACUUCAUCUGGACCAUCGGGUGCCUGCAGCGGAAAGUGUGUCACCAGUACAGAUGAAGCCCUCUUUGCUGCUUCUGUGUCACAUCUGGCUGUUCAGCCUCAUGCCUCUCUCAUGGACAUUAGAUUCGGCACAAGGUGCCUCCAGCCUAAAUUGUUGGUAUGACUCGCGGGCAACUCUCUUCUGCGACUGGAACCCCAGCAGGGACCUGGUUGAAGCACCAUGCCAUCUGGAGAUUUUAUCAAAUUUAGCUCUUUGUGACAGGUUAUUUCCCUUACCUGAAAAAUUCAAGGAGCACUGUGAAUUACCCAAGGCAGAACACAUGACAGGAUUGAGGAGAUGCAUCAAGACCUUCAGCAAAAACAGUAAUACUCAAUGCUUCACCACUGCAGAUCGCCUGAAGAUGUCUGUCCAUUGUCAAAUUGGAGACAAAAAGACAAUACCCGUGCAAAUAGAAGAUUUCAGUCCACUUGCAAAUAUAAAGCUGAGGCCUCCAGGAAAUCUUCAGCUGGCUAGAAAAACUGAAAACACCUACAACUUAACAUGGAGCCUGAAUAUUUCCUCUCACUAUUUGGAUGGGGAGCGCGAAUAUCAAGUGCGGUACCGAACCACGAGUCAGUCCUGGGAGGAGGCCAGGAACUUCACGAUUGUGCAGGACCAGAUGUGGGUGGUGUUUGAGAGCCUCUCUCCUGACUUAAAAUAUGAGGCAGCUGUCCGUGCAAGACCAGGUGCCUCAAGUACUCACAAAGGCGUGUGGAGCGACUGGAGUGAGACGAUACUGUGGAGGACACCUGCCAAUCAAACAUCCCAGCCGUUCCUGCCAGCUCUCAUAGUGAGCACUUGCAUCUUUGUGAUCAUUGGGACUGCCUUCCUUAUUAACUUACGGAACCUGAAAUGGUUUAAGAAGAUCUUGAAGAUUCACAUCCCAGACCCCGAGAAAUUCUUUCCCCCACUUGUUUCUGUCCACGGAGGUGACAUUCAGAAAUGGCUCUCCUCCCCAUUCUCCACAUCUUCCUACUGUGUGAACAGCACAACCCCGGAGAUCUCUAUGCUUGAGGUGAUGCAGAAGAAUGACCAGGAAUCACAGUUUCUACUUUCCAAGGGAACACUGAUGCCCGAGCCACCUUUAGAAACCAGUGGCCAUUCUGUAUCCAGCUGCUUCACCAACCAAGGCUACUUCUUCUUCGACCUUCCCAACUCCUUUGAGAUUGAGCCCUGUCAGGUCUAUUUCACCUAUGAGCCUUUCACCCAGGAGGGCUGUGGCAGUGAGGAUGGCAAGCCUUACCAUACCCUCCCCUCCCCCGACCUCUGCACAGUGGCAGAGGACAUGCCCGUGUUGUCCUACAACUUCCUUCAAUGUAACAGGGUGACCCAGGGCUUCCAAAACAGCUUCUUUGUGGAAGAGACAGAAGGUGAAGCCAAAUGGGACACAGCUAUUUCUGGGGCUCUCCAGUCAAGUGAAGGCACCUCACCAAGACCAGUUCUCAAACAGGAUAAGAACGUGACAGACAAAGCAGAUUUACAACCUGCUGAGGCCCUGUGCCAGCUAGACUCUGACUUUCCUGACCCACCAGACCUGCAUGACGGUGAUGUUAUUGAUAUAACAGAAGGGGGCAUGAAGACAGGUCCUGCAGUUGUCCCCUAUACACCAGCAGCACAUGCUACCUCUUCUUUCUCUCAGACUCCACCUCUAAGGCAAACCCAGAAUGAGGACCCAUGCGGAACAGCCUUCUCCAACCAGGUUCCAAAUACUGGUGCCUACCUUUCUCUGAAGGACCUCCAAAGCCAGUACAGCCAUCGCUCUGUCUAGGAUCUGCCUGGAGGAAAUGCACAGGUGGGAAAGGCAUUCUCUGCAGAGAAAGCUAGAUGAACUGUUCUUCUGUUCAGGACAUGAACAUGACUUCAGCAUCAAACCCAAUGGGACUAUUCUUUAAUGAGGCUGGAGAACAUAAUUACUCUAGAGGGUUGCAAGAUCAGAAAAUGGAUAGGAUGGACAAGAUGUAAAUUCAUAGAUGGCUUACAAGAGUAGCACUUGUUCCCAAGGUAAAGUGUGAAAUGAGAGGACAUUUUGCUUGGACAACUGGACUAGUGGACAGUAAAGCAGUACUUGGAGAGUGAUAAAAGCACAUUAAACCUGUUCAGUGCCUACACAGACUUAAGAGCCUGGUUCUUAGGCAAUAUAGGCCAACAAGGACUCACCUUUGUAACUGAACCUUUUUCUCUGCUGUUACUGUAUCCAAUGGAAUAGAAACCCCUUCCCACACUGCUCAAGUGCUAUUCUGAACCUCACCAGUUUGUUUUUUCCAUCUCAGCUCCCAAUAGGAGGCUGUGCCAGCUCUUCCAUGUUCUGCAUCUUAGUGUACAAUAGCACACAGCAAUGAGGGUGAGCAGGGACAUGGCCCAUUUGCCUCAUAUAAGCCUAAAAUCCUCUAAUGGAAAGGAGAAAUGCUGGAAGAGGUGGACGAGAUUUUACAGGGGACAGCAGCACUACAGUCAGUGCUGAGGUGGAUGAGGAAAAGGAUGAAGAUAUGUCCUCCUGACUGACCAAAGGUAUAUUUUUUUCUGUCAUGUUUCCACUUCAGGUUUUAAUCAGAAAUUACAUUCUGAGUUACUCGGUCCAGCCUAAGACUUGAUUAUCUAAGGUCAGCUCAGAGACACGACUGUGUCAACUGUAUAAGCAGUGCAGUGUGAAAGAAAUACUCAUUAUUGGGUUAAAAAUAGUGGGGAAUUCCCCUCCUCCCCACCUUUCUUUCCCUCAGGUCUGAUGAUGGCAGUAAAAAGAACACACACAAUUUCCCAUUCUUGCUGCAAUAUUUUUAAUGAAAUCGAAAGCCUUUCUGCCCUGCUGGUAAAAUACAGUUAUUUGACUACGAUAAGCUGAUUGCAGAAUAGUUCAUCCCACAUCCUGUAUUAGUGGAAAUCAUCUCAGCAGUAGUACCCAUUCCUUCCAUUGCUUAAGGGAAACCACUGCCUAAUUAGUGGCAAAGAUGUGGUGAAUGAGCCCAGAAAACUAAUCCACAAAUCAGCACCUUUGAUGAAAAAAAACUUCAAUCCACUCACAGAGAAAGGGGAUAAAAAAGACUAUUUUUUUCCUCUCUGGGUUGAGAAAAAACAGAAGAAAAGUGGCAAGGCAAAGGAAGCCAAGCUGGUUUGGUUGCAUCCAUCCCUGCAUUCAUCUGUACCAUCUGCCCAUUUUCUUUUUCUGUUCAUCAGUGGGAAAAAAACCCCAAACCUGCUGUAAAGAUCAUUUUUCUAAGAGUUUAUGUAUCAAAAGUGUCAAGGAUAUCAAACUUAUUGGUAUUUCUGUCACCCCUAUGAGUGUCAUCGAGAACUAACUCUUCCCUACCUCUGUACGAGUGUUGAGAUUCCCCUUUGUUGGUCCCACACUGUUACUCAACCUUGGAUUGUGCAGCCUGAAUGUUAUUAAGAGUCCCAACUAUGGAGUCACCCGCUGGAUUUGCUUUCACCUCAAAAGAGCCGCUCAAAGGAGUGGAGCCUAUCUGCAGAUGAGAGGGCUGGGAGAGUUAUACCUCUCCUCUCAUCAGUUUCUUCACCACCUCCAUCAAGACAUGGACCACUCUGUUGUCUCCAGAAGACAAUAGGUGAAGAGGACCCCACAGCUUCCCAGAUAAGGAAGCACAAGGCUUGUCCAGCUGUUUGGUGUACUUUGAAAAUCUUUUCAGAUAGACUUCAAAGACACUGAAUUCCUUAUCACUGAUGGUCAAUUUGCUAUCUUACAUGGCCCAAGGAUCCUAAUGGUACUGAUGGUUAUCCUGUCCCAAUGUAGGUCUUCAUAAGCUUCUCAACUAUUCUUGCUGCUAAGUACAAACUAAAA